CCUAGCCUAGCCGUAAAGCUUUAGCUGCCAUACGGUGAUUCAGCGCAACGUCUGGAUGUAUGAUGGCCCGUGCCCAGGAUUUUUCUUGGGGGGAUGCGAAAUCCGAAAAAGUGGACACCCCAGCCCCCCCCCCUCCCCCCCUGGGUACGGGUCUGGUAUGGUCUACAUUUUCUUUCUUAUCAAAAUAUGGCCAAGUUCAAUCCUCGACCCCGGAUCGAUGACUUUUUUUCUUUUCUUUUUUUUUUCGCCCUCUCGUUUUAUUCUUCAUGGAUUAUAUAUUAUGUAUUUAUAUGAAAUAGCAUCGGAAUUUUCGCUGAAAACUAAGCAAUCUCUAUAUAAGUAUAACUAUUACUGUUUAUUUGCACGUAGUCUGGCCCAACCCUUCUGUACACAUUCUCUACGUCAACAGUAAAACCUGCCUUUUCAGGAGUUUUAAAGUGGUUAUGCCAGCGGCUGCGCAUCUAGCUUGCGCAUGGAGAGCACUUAUACUCAGAUAGAUUUUAGCGUCUAAUACUUAAAGAUUUUAGCGUCUACCACGCUAAUGAUCGAAACUUGAAGAUUCUUUCAUGGGAUAUAUCAAUUGUCCAAGAGAAAAGCAAACCACUACGAUUCGUGGCCGACAGAAAACUUUCGGAAUCUUGAAUGUCGCUGGCUCUCUGUUAGAACAUUGAUAUAAUAAAUAAAAUACCAAUGAUAACGGAUUUGCCCUGGGCAGACAGGGAUCAUUGCGUUUCUUGCCCUCUAGACAAAGACCACGGUUGUUUGAUUGUAAGCCUUCUACAGAUGAAGACUUCCAGAUUCACAGCAAAGGAAACACUAGCAUUGUGCCAAGCAUACAUGAUCGUCCCCUUUAACUAUCGCGCGCGUAUCCGACUCCACAAGAGAAACAUAAUCGGUAAAUGGAUGACGUGCAGGGAGAAAACCUCUAUGUUGUGAAUGACUCAGCUUGCCUCAAAUGUAACGCACCGUCACGUUCUGAUUAACAAGGACUUUUAGUGGCCGCCGGUUGGUUUCUUUUCCAUUUAUUAUCAUCACAGGUACCCGAACCGUACGAUUCAAGCAGGUCCAAUGCAUUCUUCCAAAUCCACGUUUGAAAAACAUCUUCAAUUGACCGUACUGAAAUAUUCAUGGUAUUGAUUUCUGAUCAUUAGAAUAUCCGUUCUAUUAUUCGCCAUAGGGGGAAGUUGUCGACGCUUACUUAAAAAAAAUGGAGAACCAAGGAUUUGAGAAUGGUUGAGCCAAGAAAAAAACACGGAGGUCACUCGAUCAUAAAUAACCUAAAAAUAUCCCAACGUUGUUUACGUGUAAUAUAUCGCCAUGAAGUUUCGAAGGAUAGCGCUUUAUCUGCUUGGAUGUAUUUGUCUUGGUCUAAUUUACCAAGUCUUCAUCUACGGUAGCGAUGUGGUUCGGACACAAAAACGAUCAACGAGGAACAACGAAUUAUCACGAGAGGUACCAACGAGAAUAGAGACGCGAAGAGAUAAACAUAGCAGCGAUAAGGGAGUGCGUAAUUUGAAAAAUAAUAACAACAAUGGAUCUAGACUUCGAGAGGGUUAUUUAAGAAAUGAGAUUAGAGCACUGCGCUUGAGACUGCAUGCGAAGGAAAGGACGAUUAGAGCACUGAGGGCGAAUUUAGCACAACGCGAAUUACAUGUUACAAAAUUAGAAAAUGAAAUAUCGCAAUUGAAGUCGCAAAAUGACGAGUUAUUAGCGGAAAGUCAAAAUUAUAACAAAACCAAGAGCGAGAAAAUGUAUACUGACGAUUAUAAAGAGGGCAGUCUAAUGAAUAAUGAUAAAAAUGAUAUAAUAAUCCCCGAAAUUGUGCCCUACUCGAGUUUUGGGAAAACCCACGUUUUCGAAUCCGAGACAUUGCCGAAACCUAAAGAGUACAUGUUACGGAGUCAACGCCGAAAGACUGUAAAAUCCGGCUUCAAGCAUAUAGUGGAAAUGGAGAAUCUUGCACUGGAAAUGAUAAAUGAAAAUGGCUCUCGGCGGUUGUCGAUGGACAAUAUUAUUGAGGGUGUAUAUCGUUUUGAUAUUAACCACGGGGUGGAAUACGAGAUUUAUUUUAAUGAUUCAAAAAGCAAAGGUAGCGUUCUUUCAGCGCGAGUCUUUCGCAAGCUUUCUAAACCGCAAAUAGUACUUCCUUCAUUGAAAUACAAACAACCAAAUGAACUGAUCAAUUUAAUUGUUCCUCUGUCGGGGAGAAUUGAGCGGUUCCAGCAAUUCAUUGAUUUAUUCAUUGAUGUGUGCAUCAAACGCGAUAAGCAUGUCUACCUAACAGUCGUACUGUACGGGGAAAAAGACUUUAAGAUCAUCAGAAGAAUACUAAAGGACCUUGAAGACAGCUAUAAUUUCCGCAAGUACCAGCUUAUUAUGAGGAAUAAGCAGUUCUCUCGCGGACGCGCGCUGCACGACGGGGUAAUAUAUUGGAAAGGCAAAAACCCGAAUGUACUCAUGUUUUUCUGCGAUGUUGAUGUUACAUUUGACGAACACUUCUUGCGACGCUGUAGAUCCUACACCGAGCCGAGUAAACAGGUUUAUUACCCGAUGGUAUUUAGUUUAUACAACCCUAGGAACGUCUACGAAGAUGGAAUGAUUCCCAGUCCGCAAGAGCAGCUAAAUAUAGGCAAUCAGUACGGCUACUGGCGUAUCUAUGGUUACGGCAUGACGUGUCAGUAUCGGUCUGACUAUCUGCGCGUGGGCGGGUUUGACCUCAGCAUCCGAGGGUGGGGCUCUGAGGACCACAAGCUGCACCGCAUGUACGUCGCUAAGCCGGAAAUAAGGAUUAUUCGCGCGCCCGACCGCAGUCUCUUUCAUCACUAUCACGAGAAGCACUGUGACCCGAGCCUGAAAUGGGAGCAAUAUCGGUCCUGCUUGGGCUCAAAGGCGAAGACGGAGGGAACCUUACAGCAGAUAGCACUACAGUUGUUCAAGCUCAGGGACAAGUAUAACGACGACACGGGUUCGGAUAGAUAAGUGUACUUAUAAGGGUGACGGGUGUGGUGGCCCCCAGGAUUUUUUUGUUAUAUCCUCUCUUCAUAUGUUGCAAAAAGGAGGCCUUCGGAGUCCGCAUAGGGGAAUCAAGUUGUAGUACGCUGAACAAUAUACUAAGAAUGUUUAAAUUAAAAGUCGACAACAACGCAUAUUUAGUUUCUUAAAACAAUUUUUCGGGUUACAAAUGAGUUACAGUGGCAUGUUAUAAAAUACUAUUAGUCGCUUUCUCCCAGAUGCGUUGUCUUUAUUUAUUUCGUGCUUGAGAUUUAGAAUGUAACUAGGCACUGAGGAUACGAAUUCCACAUCAUUUCCUAGAAGAUAUGAAUACGCCUUCCAACAAUUGCAAAGAUUCAUCCAUCUUUUCAUUUUCAGUCAUAGUUAGAAUUUAGUAGAAUAUAUUUAGUAAUAUAGAACAGUAUUUGUCAGAUAGAUAACAUAAACUAUAUUUAUAUUACUACAAAUGAUAUUUAAAAAAAGAAAUUUUAUAUGACACAAAAUGUGAAUAAAGAGUCUUCAUUACUUGAAUGUUGUUUUGAGCACCGUAAAACAAUUCCAGUCUAGUUCAACAGGGCCGUAGCUAUAUCACGGAGGGUCGUACCCUCAGUAGAGUCGAGUGUACAAGGAAUGAUUGAAGGUACACGGGCUUGGGUGGACCUUUAGAUCAAGCGUCAUUUGCCAUGUCGGGUGAGACCCACA